AUGCAGAGCAGAUCAUCCACCUGUUUGCAUCUAAGAGAGGUGUUGCCAUGGCUACCCACCAUUGCAAGUGCCAGGCACCUGCGCUCUCUGAAUCCAGAGGCCUGGACGCCUGCAUGUUUGCACAUCCUCGUACAAGAAUAUGUAAAAUUUGGGUCCUUGGACACAUAUUUGAAAAAGAACAAAAACGUUAUCAAUAUCUUGUGGAAGCUGGAGGUAGCCAAACAGUUGGCGUUAGCCAUGCAUUUUCUGGAGGAUAAAGGCCUUGUUCAUGGGAAUGUCUGUGCAAAAAACAUCUUGCUUAUCAGAGAGGAAGACAGGAAGUCUGGAAAUCUUCCGUUUAUAAAACUAAGUGAUCCCGGCAUCAGUAUUACGGUUUUGCCAAGAGAUAUUCUUCUUGAGAGAAUACCAUGGGUUCCACCUGAAUGUAUUGAGAAUCCCAAACAAUUAAGUCUGGCCACAGACAAAUGGAGUUUUGGUACUACUUUGUGGGAAAUAUGCAGUGGAGGAGACAAACCUCUGAGUGCACUGGAUUCUUCAAGAAAACUACAGUUUUAUGAAGAUAGGCACCAGCUUCCUGCACCAAACUGGACAGAACUAGCAAACCUUAUAAACAACUGUAUGGAUUAUGAGCCAGAUUUCAGGCCUUCCUUUAGAGCAAUUAUACGUGACUUGAACAGCUUGUUCACUCCAGAUUAUGAGCUAUUGACAGAAAAUGAUAUGUUGCCAAAUAUGAGAACUGGAGCACUUGGAUUUUCUGGCGCAUUUGAAGAUCGGGAUCCAACACAAUUUGAAGAAAGACAUCUUAAGUUUUUACAGCAACUUGGCAAGGGAAAUUUUGGCAGUGUUGAGAUGUGUCGCUAUGACCCACUACAGGAUAAUACUGGGGAGGUGGUGGCUGUGAAAAAGCUGCAGCAUAGCACAGAAGAGCACCUUAGGGACUUUGAAAGAGAAAUUGAAAUACUGAAAUCUCUGCAGCAUGACAACAUUGUUAAAUACAAAGGAGUAUGCUACAGUGCAGGUCGCAGGAAUCUAAGAUUAAUUAUGGAAUAUUUACCGUAUGGAAGUUUACGAGAUUAUCUGCAGAAACACAAGGAGAGGCUGGACCACAAGAAACUUUUGCUGUAUGCAUCUCAGAUAUGCAAGGGCAUGGAGUAUCUGGGUACAAAAAGAUAUGUUCACCGGGAUUUAGCAACAAGAAAUAUCUUAGUGGAGAACGAGAACAGAGUUAAAAUUGGAGAUUUUGGAUUGACAAAAGUCUUGCCACAAGACAAAGAAUACUACAAAGUCAAAGAGCCUGGUGAAAGCCCUAUAUUUUGGUAUGCACCAGAGUCUCUGACAGAAAGUAAAUUUUCUGUGGCCUCAGAUGUGUGGAGCUUUGGUGUGGUCUUGUAUGAGCUCUUCACGUACAUUGACAAGAGCAAAAGCCCACCAGCUGAAUUCAUGCGCAUGAUUGGCAAUGACAAACAAGGGCAGAUGAUUGUAUUUCAUUUGAUAGAGCUUUUGAAGAAUAAUGGACGACUACCAAGACCAGAUGGAUGCCCUGAUGAGAUUUAUACUAUCAUGAGAGAAUGCUGGAACAAUAAUGUUACUCAGCGCCCCACCUUUAAGGAUCUUGCUCAGCGAGUGGAUCAUAUAAGGGACAACAUGGGUGGAUGAGAAAACUCCCUCCUUCUGAGGAUGUGUUGGAAUCCAGAAAAAAUGUCCUUGGUCUGCUGUGUUUAAUUGACAUACGUACGCAUGUGCAUCUUACCUUUGCUGGAAGUAAAA